UGUUACACUCCAACUACCAGUGUUAAGUGUACAUGUACAGUGCCACAUCAUCAAACUUGGGCUCAGCACAUUACAAAAGAUGCGUACUUGACGUGCCCUUGCAACAGAAAUCGUCUUUCUCUUGAAUACUCAUGGCGGAGUAUACUCCCGAUUCCUUCAAAAUCCUACUGGGGAAGCUCGUCAAGACUCCCGAGUAUUUCACACCGGAAGACCUUAAACUUGCACUUCAUCACCUUUUCACACCCGAUGCUGCUCUUCCGGCACAAAUUGGUGCAUUCCUCGCUGCCCUUCACAUAGGAAGAGUGGAAAGACGCCCAGAAUCCCUCGCGGCGGCUGCUGAAGUUCUAAGGGCGCGCGCGUUACACGCAGCCAUCGAAGAUGGAGACACAGAUUUUGUUGUCGAUAUCGUUGGAACUGGAGGAGAUGGUCACAACACAUUCAACGUCAGUACCACAGCAGCCGUCGUUGCUGCAGGCGCAGGUGCUCGAGUGAUCAAGCAUGGAAGCAGGGCUUCCACAUCUUCAUCUGGAUCGGCGGAUCUUCUACAAUCGCUCGACUGUUUAUUUACCCCCCCUUCAUCAGGCACUCCCCUUCCCAUAUCUAAGGUGCCGUUCACCUUCAUCCUUGCACCUCAUUAUCAUCCGGCACUCGCUAUACUUGCACCAUACCGAAAGACCUUACCCUUCAGAACGCUCUUCAAUGUCCUUGGACCCCUUAUCAACCCUGCACGUCCACGAGGCAUGGUUUUAGGUGUGGCUGAGCGCGAACUCGGUCCUACCUUCGCCCAGUCCCUGCGUGACGGCGGCGUCGAGCGCGCUCUCGUGGUGUGCGGAGCUGAAGGACUUGAUGAAAUCAGCUGUGCAGGCUACACAUACGCGUGGCAAUUGGAGGAUGGCAAAAUUACGGAAAUCAAAUUGCACCCAGAGCUGUUUGGCCUGAGCGUCCAUCCACUCACAUCCGUAGCUGGCGGAACGCCGACAGAGAAUGCGGCGACAUUCAAGGCGCUCCUCAACUCGGGUAAUGACAUACCAGAGUCGUUGACGCCCGUCCUGCACUUUGUAUUGUUGAAUGCAUCGGCGCUUCUGGUUGUUGCAGGUUUAGCUUCGGACUUCAAAGAAGGGGUUGCGCUAGCGAUGAAUAGCAUAACGUCUGGAAGUGCGUGGGAUGCACUUUUAGCGUUUCGGAACGCAGGUAGGGAGGCGGUGAAGGAGACUAGCAAAUCUGAAUAUGGGAGAGCUUGAUGCGAUGACCAAGAUACUUCAUCCGGGCUGCUCUCUUCAUUCAUUGAUACUAUUAUCAUUGGUAGCGUUCGCUUUAUCUUGCUAUUCGGGUUCCUUCAUUCACGUGUAUGUAAAUCACAUGGAUUAUGAUAAUCGCGUGGUAA